UCGGUUUUUAACCUAUCUAUUACCUGAUUGUCGAUGGCACUGAGCUUUGUAGUAACAACGAAAACAUGCAAUAAGUGAAAGGAAAACCCUCAAAAUCUCGACUUUGAUCCUCCUCCCGACGCUCAACCCCGAUCUUUUCAUCUCCGAUCCUUCUGUGCGGAUCGAUCGGCGGUCUACUGACUGCGUUUUUGAUCGCCGGCCAUGGCGUCCUUCCGACCCUUCCCCCAUCCUCCUCCGUCGUCUUCCUUCGUUCCUCCUUCGGCUCCUAAUCAAGCCCCUAUCCCUCCUCGUCCUCCACUCCACCCUCCGGUUGUUUCAGGCGCCGGCCACCCGUACCCUCAGCGUGGGGGUUUCCCUGGCCCCGCUUACAACGCAGCGGCUUCGCCCUACCAAUUCGGCAAUCAUUCCGUCGGUCAGCAGCACAACCAGCAGCAGUACGCCUAUCCUCCCUCUCAGCAACCUUCCAUUGCAGGGCAAUCUCUAUCAUCUACCUCCUUCCCUCCGCCGCUCCCGCAGCCCGGGCAACUUCCUCACCCCCCGUAUUACCCUACUUCACAGUAUUCCUACUAUAAUCCUCCACAUCAACCGCCUCCUCCUCCGCCUCCGCCACCUUCUUCUCCCCCAAUCCACAGUUCCUCCUUCCCUCCUCCACCACCCCCG